AUGGGUUGGUUCUGGGGCGACAGCAAAUCUGACCCGGUCAACAAGCUUGAACCGGGCCUUCGUGAUUACCUCGAGCAGGAGCAGCCCGACAAAUAUGUCCCUGCCGGCGUGAACCCGCCGACUCCGACGCCUACGCAAACAUCCCAACCCUCUGAUUCCGCGACACCCAAGAUGGUCGUUAUGCCGACCUCUGGAAAACCUACAAGCCCCCGGCGGGCUCUCGAUGAGAGCAACGGAGUCCGCGGGGCGGAGAAAGUGAUCGAAAAGCACAAGGAGCGCGGCGACACGGUGCAGCGGGCAGCAAUGGAGAACUGCGCAUUGGAGCAUGAAGCCUUGACCUAUUGCUUCCAGACCGGCAACUGGCGGAAGCAAAUUGAGGCCCGAUUGACUUUGUGUUCGGCGGAGAAUGGCACUUUCUCCCGAUGCUUCACAACGCAGACCAAAUUCCUCCAGGCUCUUGGUUACGCAUCCUCCUUCACUCAUGACGCCGAAAAAGAAGAGCGCAUCCAGAUGCACGCCGACAAGCUCUACCAUCAGAUGUUAGACUAUGAAAAGCGAAUCGAGGAAGCCAAGGCUGCCGGUGUUGAGCCACCUCCCAUGGAAUCCCUGUUCAACCCAGAGAAGCAGCCACCAGCCGAGAAGAAGCCAGGCCUGGAGAUCCCCGGAGGCGAGCCCAUCCCAGCAGGAUUCAAGCCCUCAAAACCACUACAAAAGCUCACUCCCCAUGAACGAGAGCUGGAAAUUAGGGCGCACUAUGCGCAAUUGGAGCAGCAGAAGUUGUACGUGGAGGAGGCCGGACCCUUCAUGAAGACCCAGGAUACUGCACGAAACAAGCGACGGGAGAAGGCAGUCAGUUGGUUUGGAGAGACAAUUGGUAACUGGGUGUCGUAA